AUGAAUACAAUUCUGUCAACUAUAGAAUCAAUUAAUAAUAAUAAUAAUAAUCAUAAUAAUCAUAAUCAUAAUCAUAAUCAUAAUACAACUUCAACAUCAACAGUUACUUCAAAUACAGCUUUACAAUCAAAUAAUAUAAAUAAUCAUAACCAUCAACCAUCUUCUCCUACUUCUUCACAAUUAGAUCACAAAAAUACAACUGAAAAUAGAGAUAAUAGAAAUAAUAACCAUGAUGUAACUGCUAAUCAACAAAACACCUCAAAUUCGUCAUCUACAAAUUCUCAUUAUAAUCGUCAUCAUACUAAUAAUAGUUCAAAUAGUCAUGAAAAUCGAACUCAUUCAAAUUUAAACUCUUCGUUUGAAGAUAAUGACCCUGGCGAAAAUCAACAAAAUAAAUCAGAUUUGUCAUUUGCUAAAAAAGAUUUAUCAAAAUCAAGAACUCAAUCAUUUCAACUGGUAUUAUCUUCAGCCUCAUUAAAAUCAUUAAAACAUCAAACUAUAACGUCUUAUAAUAAUACAAUUAAAAAAAAUAAUCAACAAUUGCAACAACAAAUACAUCCAAUGAGACCAUUAUCAAGAGCAAAUUCAACAUUAGGCAAUACUUCAAAAAAUUUUCAAUCAUUUAUACAAGCUCCUGUAUUAUCAAGUAUUUCGAAUCAAAAACAACUGGAUAAUGAAGAUCAAAUUGGGAAACAAUCUCCAUUUGAUGAUAAACUGAAUUUAGGUGGUUCAUUAAAACUGAAAAAGUCGAUAGAAUCAGAAGAAGGAGAUAAUGAUGAAGAAAUUUUAUUACAACAACAAAAAUUGACUCUUAAUGCUUUGAAAAAAUUAAAUUUAAGUCCUAGACCAGUUACAAAUCCUGAUGAUUUGGAUUUAUCAAAAUAUGAAAAUAAUAAUAAAAAACAAGAACCUUAUCAACCUGCUGAAGUUGAUUUAUCAUCAUUUGCAAGUUUAACAAGACAACCAAAAGUUAAUCCUUCAAAACUACCAUCACCAAAUCAAACAGAAUCUCCAAGAAAUUUAAAUAAACGAUCUUCAUUGCCUAGAUUACCAGAAGGUGAAACAGUCAACCAAGAUAUAAAUCAAUAUCAUAAUGAUUUAAAAAUUUCUCAAAUGACUUCGUUUCAAAAACAAUUACAACCUGAAAGAUUUGAAUCAGAACCAAAUCAGCCACAGUCUAUGAAUUUCCAUCCACAAAAUAAAAUACCAGCAGCAGUUAUACCUCCAAAAGAUUUCACAUCAAAGAGAAAACCAAGUAAUCCAAUGCAACAACAACAACAACAACAACAACAACAACAACAACAACAAAGUCAACUACCCCAAAAUCCAUUACCAACUCCACCACCAGUUCAACAACAACAACAACAACAACAACAACAACCAAAAUGUAUAAAAUCAAUUCAACAAAUUAAAAAUUUAAGAAAUCCAAUGUAUGUUCCAGCAGUAUUACGAAAAACUCAACAAAAUGGGAUAAUGAGUCCGAAUAGAUCAUCAUCAAAUUCUCCGGAAGUUUAUUUAUCUACAUCUCCAAGACAAAAUGAUUAUCAUACACAUUUGACUGAAUUUGUGCAGAAACAAAACAAUUCAUCGACGGCAAGUAUAAAAUCAACAGAUUCAAACAUGUCAACAGAAUCAAAUAAUACAUUAAAUUCAAAUUUUUCAAUAUCUUAUUCACGAAGGUUAAAAUCAAAUUUAACUGCUCCACCAACGAGAAAACAUUGGAUUAAAGAUGAAACGGUAUUUAAAUGUCAAAUUCCAACUUGUCCUAAACUUUUCAAUUUUUUUGAAAGACGACAUCAUUGUAGGAAAUGUGGUGGUAUUUUCUGUAAAGAACAUACUUCUCAUACUUUAUAUAUUAAUCAUUUAGCUCAAUUUACAACUGGUGGAAGGGGUACUUUAUCCAAAGUUUGUCCAAAUUGUAUUAAAGAAUAUAAUCAAUUUAUGGCUCAUGAAUUUGGUGUAGAUAUAAAGAGAAAACAACUACCACAGAAGCAAGAACAACAGAUACAGGUUGAAAAUUUACAACCACAACAACCACAGAUACCCAAAUUGACAAAAUCAAAUUUUACACCAAUCAAUAAUGGCUUGAAAACUGGUGGUAAUUUGGAGACAAGUAAUAGAAGUGAACAAGUUGUUGGAAGUGUUCCUGCUAAUUGGAGUUGGAGUUCGUUCUAG